CGAUGACGAAGAUGGUGGUAAUCAUAGUGCUGAAUUGCUGGUUGGCAACAAUGCUGUGUCACCCUCCGCUUUCGGAAGCUUUUCGGCGUCGUGGAACCGUCAUCAAUCGCGCUGGCAGCCAUAAGAGAGACAUCUCCUUAUUAAAAAAAACGACAAAUGGCCGGAAAGUGAGCAGGAGAAGAUUUGCGAUAACCUCACGAGAGGGGGAAGAGGCCAUUGCGAUGCCCAUCCCAUCGCUUCGCCAUUCGGAAAUGUCCACGUCGAAUCGGCGUCACGCCCGCGGCGGAUCCAAGGGGACGACCGCCACUUGCGGGAAGGGCACGGCCCCGCGAGGGAUGCAGGGCAAAGAUGCGAGGCAGAGGGCACAUGGAGGCCUGAUAGAUGGGGUCCGAGACUUACCAACCGAUGCCAUGGAGCAGAUGGGGUCGGAAGGUCUCGUACAAAUCCUACGGGCACAAAUCUCACCCGCGGAGAUGCAGGGAGAGAGGCAGCGUGUCGAGCCGAGGCGCGCUGGCAGGUCCAGCAUCCCCAGCGGAGCCGCCCGCGAAGCGGGGCGGGGCGGGGCGGACAGCGCACCACGUGCCGGGCCACCUCAGACCCCCAGCCGGCUCCCACUGGGCAGUCGGACGCGCCGGGCGCCCCAGUGGAUGCCGCAGCGCAGGGGUGCCAAGGAAGCGGAGGGGGCGAAGGCGCGCAGUGCGCGAGCGAGGUCGAUGGAGGGUCUUACGGUGAAGAAAGACCGACUGGACGCAGCAAAUCUGCAGCCUGGCUGACACGUGGGCGACGAGGAACGGGGCCCGACGCCAAAGACCUUGCGCGAUGGAUCACACGGGCGGCCAGCGCGGCACACCGCGGGGAGAAGAAGGCACUUGCGUGCGACCUUCCGCGGGCAGCAUGCGCACCCAUAUCCGCGCAAUCGGCCCUCCCGUUACGCGUCGCCCACGUGACCUCACGAAAGGCCCAAAUGUCGUGCGCUUCUGCCGGGCUGCCUAAACGCCUCGUGGAUAUGCGGAGGGUGUGAAUCCACAUCGCGGCACGGCUGCGCAACUGGGGAGGUCCCAACUUUGUACAGAUCCUCCGGGCGAUCUGAAGUGACGGCUGCGCAACUUGGGAGAUCCCAACUUGUCGGGGAUGGCCAGAACCCCCUUUACACGCCGCGCUUCUUCUCCCCCCCCCCGCGGGGAGCAGCUGGCGCGAGGCUCGGGGAAAGCAAAUCAGAGAGACGAGGCUGGGACGAGGAGAGGGAGAGAGAGAGAGAGAGGGAGUGGUAAAGAGGAGGAAACGACAUAAGAUGCCGCGGUGCAACCUGCGUGGCCCAGGCGACCGUAUAUCAAACCUCGCGCCAGCCAUGCAGCCAACACUGAGGGGGACCGCCCGCACUGUCGGCACGAUCAUGGGAGAGACUGUACCGUCGCGGCCAUGGCUCAUCAUGACCGCGACACCGCUGACGGUAACAAACACCGCUUCCAUCCCAUCCCCAGGACUUGGCGGCGAGCAGACGAAGGCAGGCGCGAGAGGGGACGGCCCUCUCCACGACAGGCGGGCCACCCCCCAUGUGCGCGACGCCAGCGCACCUCCCGUCUCCCCC